AUUCUUUCUUUGCUCCUUCUCCCCUUAAACCCCUAACAGAGUCUCUCCCUUCACAUAAACACAGAGAGUAGUGAGUGAGGCAGAGCAGAUAAAGAGAGCUAAGAAUGCAAGCUGCGACCCUCUCUUUUCACCCUUUGGCUCCGCCACCCCAAACUUCAGCUUGUCACUUCUCCUCUAAUCAGCGUAAAUAUUCACUCUUCUCAUACACUUGUCCAACUCCUAGGCCCUCUCUACUCUCUACCCAAACCCUUUCAAGAAAAUCCAUUUGCAAACCCCCAGCUGUAGCAACUGGCAAAUAUGUCAGAGAGGAUUAUCUUGUGAAGAAGGUGUCUGCAAAAGAUAUUCAAGAACUAAUAAAGGGAGAACGGAAUGUGCCACUGAUUAUUGACUUCUAUGCCACAUGGUGUGGUCCUUGUAUUUUGAUGGCUCAAGAACUUGAAAUGCUUGCUGUAGAGUAUGAAAGCAAUGCACUUAUUGUGAAAGUGGACACAGAUGAUGAAUACGAAUUUGCACGUGAUAUGCAGGUUCGAGGACUACCAACGUUGUAUUUCAUAAGUCCAGAUCCAAAUAAGGAUGCUAUUAGAACUGAAGGACUCAUCCCAAUACAAAUGAUGCGGGACAUCAUCAAUAAUGAUCUGUGAUGAAUAAUUCAUUAGGUUCUUUGUUAGUGGAACUGUGCAUGUCAUGCUCUUUACUGGAGCUCAAUAUUAUGUCUCAGCAAUUUCUUUUUGAAUCUCAGGUUUGGUGUCUGCCUAGCAGUUGUAAUACUUGUAACACAAAUUUUGCAUCUAAAAUAAUUAGAACAAGUAGUGCAACAAAAUGCAUUUUCUGAUGUUAAAAUAGAAAUGAGUAUUUACAAGCUCUCUAAAUUGAAACAGAGUGUUCUUUACU